GUGAGGUUUGGACUGUUAACACCAUGCAGCGCAAUCUAGCACUUGUGCACUGCAGGGCUGAUCGCUCCACAUGACACAUAUGAUCCAUGCUAGCACAGGUCAUGUAGAAAGAGCCGGCGACGCGAACAUGGAAGGUCCUGCUGAGAUGCGAGAUGAGAUAGUUGGAGUCAGAGCCGCGCAUGCGCAGUCGGACGGAGGCAUAGUCAGAGCUGCGCAUGCGCAGUAGGACGCGCAGCGGCAGCAUGGCGGAGCCCGCACAGAAACACGCGCUGGAGAUGGUGCGGACGGACGGCGCAGACGAGGGCUGUGUGACGUUUGUGCUUCAAGAAGAGGAUCACACGCUGGGAAACUCGCUCCGAUACAUGAUCAUGAAGAGUCAGGACGUGGAGUUCUGUGGCUACAGCAUCACACACCCGUCAGAAAGCAAGAUCAACUUCCGCAUUCAGACGCGAGACGGGAUCGCAGCGUCUGAGCCUCUGCGCAGCGGCCUGAACAGCCUGACUGAAGUCUGCAGACAUGUGCUGCACACCUUUGAGGCACAGAUGCAAGCAUUCAGGGAUAAAGAAGAGUCGAUGUCAUGAAGAUCAGGAUGAAUGGAUGCAGAAACUGAAGCAUGCUCUGCUCUUGAUUACACGAGAAACAGACACCUUCCUUAUGCAUGCAUAUGUAUGAUUUUGAAUAUCUCAUAUUAUGUCCAUUAACAAACGGUUUGUGCCAGUGCACUAAAACGUUUCUAAACUCACAUCUUGAGUAGAACCAGUAUUGAUUUAUUUGUCUAUAUGAAAAUAUAUUCUGAGAGAAAUACAUUUUUGAACUGUUAUAAGAUCAUACAAGGAAUGCAUUUUCAGAUAUAAAAAUCACAGAUAUGUUUUGGAUCAAUAUUUAUUCGCAGUGUUUAACAUGAGAUGAUGCAUCAUAAAUCAUAUGAGACACAAGUGAUGUGAUCUCCGACGAUUAAUUUCGAUUUUGAGCAUUCCUGAACAAUAAAAGCAGAUUGUAAUAAUGUCUUUUGCAAGUCUUCAUUCCUGUUUGUUACUCAGAUCCAGUGUUUCUUUUACAAAAUAACGUCCUUCUCACACCAAAUGUGGAGCUAAAGGGACAAUGUUAAUUGCCACAUUCAAAGAAAGAU